UUGUGUACAUCACGACAGAACCUUACACACGCUGAGUUGCUGGGAAAGGAAGUCACAAUGAUCGAGCCAAACAAUUCACGUCUUCAGAUUGACUUUUCUGAGUUUUAUGACCUGGAAUUCAACUCUACGUACGUCCUGAACUCCACCUUCAUUGUUGAUGAGACGACCAUAGCAUGCCCGACUUUGAGCAUGCCAUCAGUCUCCAUCAACAUUGCCAUGUGCAUUUUAUUUGUGCACAUCUUCCUCCUUGCAAUCCCUGGCAAUAUAAUUGUUGGGUUAGUGAUCCUCUCAAACCUGCGGUUUCUUUCUCCAUCUGACAUCUACCUGUUCCACCUGGUGAUCGCCGACAUGCUGAUGGCCCUCACCCUCCCUUUCUUCUCCACCUCUAUCAUUCUUGGAUGGAUCUUCGGUGACACCAUGUGCAAGCUGGUCAACUUAGUUAAAGAUGCAAACUUCUACACCAGCAUCCUCUUUUUGGUUUGCAUUAGUGUAGAUCGCUACAUGGUCAUCGUGCGAGCUAUGGAGGCCCGGAAGGUCCAAAGGAUCUUGUGUACCUGGGCUGUUUGCAUAACUGUCUGGGUUUUGGGUAUCCUACUUUCACUCCCUGCCUUGUACAAUGACGUCCAUUACCCCGAAGGCCAAGACUUGCAAAUUUGCGCUGAAAAUUUUGAAAAAGACACCGCAGUUGAAUGGAGGCUAGCAACUCGUGUAAUGAAGCACGUUCUGGGUUUCCUGGUACCUCUGUGUGUCAUGCUGACAUGCUAUGGUGUGACUGUGGCCAGACUGCUGCAUACAAGAGGUUUUCAGCGCCACAGAGCCAUGAAAGUGAUCGCAGCUGUGAUGGUGGCAUUCUUAUUGUGCUGGACUCCUUUCAACUUGGCCACCAUGGUCGAUACGCUUCUGAGAGCUAAGCUGAUAGAAGAUAGCUGCACAACUAAAAAUGGCGUAACCAUGGCCAUGUUUAUCACACAAAGCCUGGCACUGCUGCACUGCUGUAUCAACCCAGUGCUGUAUGCUUUUGUGGGAGAGAAGUUCAGGACGAGGUUCUUCCACAUGAUCCAAAAGACACAGCCGAAAGGGCGUGGCAUGCUGUCGAGGUCCACCAGGUCCACCUCGCAAACUUCAGAGGGUGUAUCCCACUUCCUCUGAGUAACAUCUCUUGCAAAGUGUCACAGCAUGGAACUCACUGUCGAAUAAAUGUAUUAUUAUAAGGAAAGAGAUGCCAGUGCCAAUGUAUGUGCAAUAGGAUACCUGAUUAAUGCUUGAUGUAAGUGCUAGAGUGGCUCAUGACUAUAGAUUUUGGUGGAGCAGGACAACAUCAGUAAUGACAAAGCCUCAGACAAAGUUGAGAGGCUAUCAUGCUUGACUUUUACCAUAGGUUACUAUAAUUUUCAGAGUAUCUGCAUAAUAACAUAAUAGAAAAUUUCAGUGGCCGCUAAGUACAUUUAAACUAGCCCAAUCUGGCAACCCCAUCAUUAACUGUUCUGUCUGCUGUGCCUGCAUCUAUCCUUGACUUGCAAGUGACGUCAAAGCAUAAUAGGAGCCCAGAUGUCGGCCAUGUUGGUGGAGAUACAAAUGCGGGGUUAAGCAACAUUCCAUACAAAACAUAUUCACGCGUGCACAACUCUCUUUGUUUUUCCACUUCUUUAAGCGUUCUUUUAGCUCCGCCAUAUCUUUGUACUGCAUGUGUGCUGUUGUGGUCACAACAGUACUUGUGACCAUCGCACGUUCCGAUUUUUUAGAAUUCCAUCUGUGAUUCGGAAAGAGGGCGAGGGAACUCUGAGGCUUAGUACGGAGAGCAGAUGAGCACGGCCGAACAACAUCAGCAGGGCUGAUCUAACAGAUGCUCAAACCAAAACAGCUCGUGUUUACAGUAAUCAUUUUAUCUCAGGUGAGAUUCAAAAGCGUUCUUGAUAAUAUCAUGGAAGAAUUUUAUUUCGUGUUGCUAGAAUGUUGCUACUGUAUAAAAUGAGCGUUCUCUUGCCAUGGUUCACUCGGUCAUUGUUAUCAUUUUAACACGUGUAUUACCAUUUUGCUUCUAGGAGCACCAGCAAAAUUAUACGAUAGAAACAAUCCAGACUGGGCACCCACUCAGAAAAUGGGCUAUGUUUCGUCCAAGGUCGGACUUGAUUCUUCGGCAGCCAAACCAGAUAGAACGCGAUAUCGUAGAAGCGUCUUAUCUUCAGAAAAGUCUGAUGUUUUUAAAUAAUAUGGGUCAAAACCACACAUAUCUAUCUUCUCUUUGGAUCGAACCUUCGCUCGGCUGUUCAAAUUGUGGUAAUACUGAGAAAAUUCAGCAUUGUUUACAGACACGCUUUCAGGGGCUGCCAUCCGAGUUACUUUGUAUAUCCACCAUCAUGGCGGAUGCUCAUGACGUAGCACAUUUUGAUCACAUGGUUGCAAGUCAUCUAUUGUGGAGCAACGUGAUUCCUGCCCCAAUGGGUCUCUGUCAGUGUUUGUUGCAGUUCCCAUUUUGGCCACUAGGUGAUAAUGGUGACGAUAAAUGGGGCAGUAGGCAUCCUGCCCUGUGAUUGCACAACAUCUAGAAAAGUGAGCAAAUCAAUGUACUAUCUAUAAAAUAACAUUUUUUUAAAGUGUUGAUCAUUCAAAAGAGAGAUUUAUACCUGGAGUUGUGAAUGAGGUCUUUAUGAAGAUGAACUUUUGUUGAACAGCUGGUAUAGUAGAUGCACAAAGGGGGUAGGGCAUGGCCUAAUGGUUAGAGAAGCAGCUUUGGGACCAAACGGUUGCUGAUUCAAUUCCCUGGACCAGCAGGAAUGGCUGAAGUGCCCUUGAGCAAGGCACCUAACCCCCAACUGCUCCCCAGGCUGCUCUGGGUAUGCUGUAUGUCACUCUGGAUAAGAGCGUCUGCUAAAUGCCAUUCAUGUAACAAAGCUUCCAGAAGUUGAAAUACACUUCAACAGAGUUUAAUCCUGGAUUAAUAUUUGCUUGGUCAAUAAUAUUUAUUCAUUAACCUACGUAGAAGGUUCAUCAGAGUAAUGGCAUAUAACUUUUUUUUUUUAAUUUCCUGAUUGAUGGGUCUUUAACCUUUAUUGAUGCCACAGAAAGCUAAAAAUCUUACCAUAUUUAUCUUACCAUUAUGUGGAAGGAAUUUAUUGGUGAAAAAAUAAUUGUUUUGUGACAGUUUUACUGUUU